UUUGAAUUUAAGAAGAGAGAUGAAGACGCCGAGAGGGAAGAGAGAGAGGGAGUUGGUCGAAGCAGCGGAGCUCAUCCUGUGAGAUUUCGAUUUUGUCAGCAGCUCUCUUCUUCUGUUUUCCUUUCUUCCUUGUAGAAUCCCUCUUUGGAUUCCCUUCAUAGUCGAUGGAGUAAUCUAGGGUUUCUGGUUCUGUUUCGGCCCAAAAUUUUCAGUUCAAAUGAUGUUGUCGAAAGUCGAAUCCAGGAAGAAAAGGGGUGAGGAUUUGGGGAACGAGAAGUUGUUACGGGAACUUGAAGCUAUAAACAAAGCCAUUUAUCCAGACAGAAGCCGUUCGAACAGGUCCAUUUCCACGCUUGGUUCUCAAUCCAAAUCUGUCGGGAAAACGCAUAUAUCGGAUUCAAAAUCGAAACCCAAGCAACCAAAUGAAAACCCAUCAAACAAAGAUAAGAAGUCCUUCUGGAAUUGGAAGCCUUUGAAGGCCUUGUCCCAUAUCCGAAAUCGUAGGUUCAACUGUUGUUUCUCCCUCCUUGUCCAUUCUGUUGAAGAGCUGCCCCCAAGUUUCGAUAGCAUUAAGCUCUGUGUGCACUGGAAGAGACGGGAUGGAGGGUCAGCAACUCGCCCGGUUAGGGUUUCUCAACGAAUCGCCGAGUUUGAAGAAGAAUUGACGCACGUAUGCUCGGUGUAUGGUAGCAGGAACGGUCCUCACCAUUCAGCGAAGUAUGAAGCAAAACAUUUCUUGCUUUACGUUUCCGUGUUUGGUGCUCCUGAUGUUGAUUUGGGUAAGCACCGGGUUGAUCUCACGAGGUUGCUUCCACUUACAUUAGAGGAAUUAGAGGAGGAGAAGAGCUCUGGUAAGUGGACUACAAGUUUUAAGCUAUCGGGCAAGGCAAAAGGGGCUGUCAUGAAUGUUAGUUUUGGGUAUUCUGUUAUAAAUGAUAACCCUGGUAGGCCAGCUGUAGGCCUGAAUGCUCCUGAGAUGUUGAAAUUGAAGCAGAAUAGCACGAGCCCGGUGAAAUGUGGGACAAAAUUUACUCAAGGUGAUAAUAGGAGCUCAAUGCGACGCACUGGAAGUCUUCCCGUUAUCUCCGGUGAAAAAUCUCCUGGUUUAUCUCGGUCUGUAGAAGACAUAAAAGUUCUUCGUGAGGUUUUGCCAAUAUCAAGGUCAGAGCUCUCUAGUUCAGUAGAUUAUCUUUAUCAGACAUUGGAUGAGGAUAAAUUGGAUACCUCAAUUGAUAACAAAUCUGGACUUGAUGUUUCAACUGAACAUGUUGAGCCCUUGAAACCAAGUUCUGACUCUUUGCUUGAUUCAAGUCAAGAAAAUGCUACGCCUGAACAUGAUUUCACCGAACAUGUUGAGCCAUUGAAACCAAGUUCUGACUCUUUGCUUGAUUCAUGUCAAGAAAAUGCUAAGCCUGAACAUGUUUUCACUGAACAUGUUGAGCCCUUAAAACCAAGUUCCGACUCUUUGCUUGAUUCAGGUCAAGAAAAUGCUAAACCUGAAUUUGAUGUUUUCACUGAACUUGCCGAGCCUUUGAAGCAUUCUCUGGGCUCUUUGCCUGAUUCAGGUAAAGAAAAUGUUGAAAACGAUGUUGAUGAUAAUGACUUCUCUGUGAAAGAGCACGGGAUUGAGCUGUCUUUAAAGGAAUCAGUGAAAUCUGACAAAGAUAUUUUAGAGGUGGCGGAGGUUUCUCUUGUAGAAACUCCUGAUCGUGUUCAAAACUACAGUAGUUUUGGGGCAGGCCCUGAAGAGGGGAGUAAGCUUCCUUCCAAGGAUGAAGAAGGUGGUAGGUUUGGAGACAAUCUUGUGAUAUGUGAAUAUGGCUCUAGAGAUGAAGUUUGCACCAAAGAAUCACUAUUGAAAGAAUUAGAGUCAGCUUUAAACGUUGUGUCGACUUUGGGGUCAGCAGGGUUGGAUUCUCCAGAAGACCUAGAGAACCAUGUAGAGGUUGAAUCCAAUUUAAAACUGAAUAGAAUAAGAAAAUCGCAUAGCUUAGAUGAUGUUACAGAAUCUGUGGCAAGUGAGUUCUUAACUAUGAUGGGGAUAGAGCACAGUCCAUUUGGAAUGAGUUCUGAAAGUGAGCCAGAUUCUCCACGAGAGCGUCUGUUGAGACAAUUUGAAAAAGAUACAUUAUCCAGUGGGUUUUCUUUAUUUGAUCUUGGUCUUAGUGAUGGGGACCAGGUUCAAUCAGGGGAAGAAGCUGCAUCUGGGCCUAGUUGGGGAAACUUGUAUGAGGAUUUUGAACUAUCAUCGAUGAUUCAGGCUGCUGGGGAUGAGCACUGUGUAGCUACUCAGUCAGAUAGUAAUAAAACAAGGGCCAAAACUUUAGAAGACUUGGAGACUGAAGCAUUGAUGCGUGAAUGGGGCAUGAAUGAGAAAGCUUUCCAACAUUCUCCACCAAACAGCUCUGGUGGGUUUGGGAGCCCAAUAGAUCUUCCUCCUGAAGAUCCUCUACAGCUGCCUCCUCUUGGAGAUGGCUUAGGUCCAUUUGUUCAGACAGAGAGUGGAGGAUUUUUGCGGUCCAUGAAUCCUGCACUUUUCAGGAGUGCUAAAAGCGGGGGAAGCUUGGUCAUGCAGGCAUCUCGUCCAGUUGUAGUACCGGCAGACAUGGGAUCUGGUAUAAUGGAGAUAUUACAGCGAUUGGCCUCAGCUGGAAUUGAAAAGCUCUCUAUGCAGGCAAACAAAUUAAUGCCUUUGGAAGAUGUCACUGGGUUUACAGUGCAGCAGAUGGCAUGGGAAACUGCAACUCAUUUGGAAGCACCUGAGAGGCAAGCUUUGUUGCAGCAUGAAUCAGAUGGGCAAGAUUUAUCCAGUGGGCGAAAGAAAGUUAAAGGCAACUCCUCCUUAUCCAGGCCAACAAAUGACAUUAAAUCAAGCUCAAGAGGCCACAAAAUGGACUCAGAAUAUGUAUCCUUAGAAGAACUUGCUCCUUUGGCAAUGGACAAGAUUGAAGCACUCUCAAUUGAGGGAUUAAGAAUACAAUCGGGAAUGUCUGAUGAGGAUGCACCGUCAAACAUCAGUUCACAAUCCAUCGGGGAAAUCUCAGCCCUAGAAGGGAAGAGGGGCGACAUAAGUGGUUCCCUAGGUUUGGAAGGAGCUGCUGGUUUGCAACUCUUAGACAUUAAAGAUACUGGCAAUGAAGAUGAUGGAAUGAUGAGCCUAUCUCUAACACUUGAUGAAUGGAUUAGGUUGGAUUCUGGUGAAAUUGAUGAUGGAGAUCAAAUCAGCGAGCGGACUUCUAAAAUUCUUGCUGCUCAUCAUGCUAAUUGCAGAGACUUGAUCCGUGGGGGUUCAAAGCGGGAGAAGAAAAGGGGUAAGGGCUCUAGUAGAAGGUGUGGUCUGUUGGGAAACAACUUCACUGUAGCUUUAAUGGUGCAGCUGCGUGAUCCACUGCGAAACUAUGAGCCAGUUGGUACACCAAUGCUUGCUCUUAUCCAAGUGGAAAGAGUGUUCAUCCCACCAAAGCCGAAAAUAUACAGCACAGUUUCUGAACUCAGGAGAAAUAAUGAUGAGGAUGAGACUGAGCUAGUAGCAAACGAAGAUAAAAAAAAGAAGACUAAAGAAGAGAAUACUGGGGAAGAGGAAGGAAUUCCCCAGUUCAAAAUUACCGAAGUCCACGUUGCAAGUCUCAAGACUGAGCCUGGCAAGAAGAAGCUGUGGGGUACUUCAACUCAGCAGCAAUCUGGGUCUCGUUGGUUGCUCGCUAAUGGAAUGGGGAAAAGUAGUAAGCAUCCAUUUAUGAAGUCCAAAGCUGUGACUAAAUCUACUGCUCCUGCUGCAACUACGAAGGUGCAGUCUGGGGAUACAUUGUGGAGCAUCUCAGCUCGUGUUCAUGGUAAAGGGGGCAAAUGUAAGGAACUUGCAGCUCUGGAUCCCCAUAUACGAAAUCCCAAUGUUAUCUUCCCAAAUGAAACACUCAGACUGAGCUGACCAGUUCUGGGCGAAAUUGGUUGUUAUUUUUGUCGAGAAUGGUGCGCUUUAUAUUGGGUUUGCCCCUGUAUUGGAUUGUUACUCAUGAGAAGCAAGAUUGGAUGGAUGCCAAAGUUUUUGUCAAUUAUCUACUUUGGGAUGCAACUGAAGUUUCCUAUGCUUGUAUCAAAAAAUGUGUACUAUCAAGUUUGAUAUAUAAAUGUGCAUCAACUCCUUAUAAAUAAAUUAUACAAUAAAAUAGUGCUACUUUCAUUGGCAAGCAA